AUGCAGCUGUUCGCAACCAUCACCAGCUUGCUCAUCGCAGCUGCGGCCUGUGUCUCCGCCUACCCCAGACCGCCCAUGGCGAAGAGAGAAGUCGGUGGUGUCCUCAUGUGCAAGGGUGCCAACGCUACGGGAGACUGCCACUACGAGGUCUAUUCGCUGCAAGACUGCCACGACGUGCCCGACGGCUUCUCCAAGAACACGUUGACUUUCGCUCCGGACGGUGAUCAAUUCUACUGCUGGCCUCGAGUUGGCACAUGCGCCGACAUCUGCAAGUCGCCCACGGGCUGCACCUUUGGCGGCACUCUCUACUUCAGCAACCCUGCGAAGUACGACCUCGCCAAGAUCUCGUGGGACAAGAGCCUGAUGUCGUUCGACUGCCACUUGAAUUCGACUGCCGCUUGA